AACUUCAACCCUAAACUGUCAAGAUCUCGUUCAGACUCCCCCCACAACAGUUCAGUAACACAUCCGCAAGAAAAUGAAUCCAGAACGUAAUCCCAACCUAAAUCCAAACUUGAGGAAGAUGGAGCCUCUGAUGGAGGCCAUUACGCCGGUGCAACGCAUGUCACCUGCUGGCUUUCGGGAACGUCGCGCCGUUGUGGAAACCUACCGUGGGCCACAGGUAGCUCCGGAUGAUGCCAUGCUCCCCAUGCCGCCACACAACAAGGGUGCGGAUUUUGGCCAGAUGCUGCAGAAUUUGCGACAGCAACUGGCCAUGCCAGGUCUUUGGCAACGCACUUUACGACUCCUGAAGAGGCGUUUUUAGUACAUUUUAAUUAGUUAUUAAUCUUGGGUAAAGAUGCGCCAUUAGAUACUCUAAAUACUCGUAAAUACUCUAUAUACUCUGUACAUUAGUGACACCACAAAAUCAUAGGAAACAUAUGUUCAAGUGUGCUCGAUUUUAGGCUACGCAAAAUAUGUUGUUAAAUAAACAAGUGUUUAUUAGGUGUUUUGAAGCAAA